AUGACGUUUCAGCAAUUUUGUUUUCUCCACUUUCUAACGUUUCCUCUCUUUACCGAAGAGGCUUUUCCUCUGAGUUCCGCUUGCGUGACGCCCUUUCUUUUCUUUUCUUCUUUUUUUUUUUUUUUUUUUUGGCCGCCACCUUUCUUUGAGAGGCUCACUAUUUGUCAACUGACACGACUUCAUCUUCUGAAAAAUCAUCCAUGUGAUCCCGCGACUCGACUUACCUUCCUCAAUUGUCAGCACUCCUUUCCCGCUGCUCUCCCUUCUUUUUCAGCUGCUAAUCUACUUUUUUUUUUCUCUCUUGUCAGCCAUUCCCCGUCUGAGCCUUCCAUUAUCAUUUUCAACUUCGUCACACUUCGCUACUUAUCAUCUACUUCGCACGCACAUCCCUUCCCUUUACAGCAUGAGCUUUCUCUUGUUUUCGUCUUCUCUUUCAAACCGAGGAAUGUCUAUUUUGUUUUUUUCUAUCUUCGUCAGAUUGUCUUCUUACUUUUAAAUACUCUUAAUUUACACCAAAUAUUCUACGCCCUUUUAUACUUAUUAUUUUUACAAAGAUGUCGUCUUACACAAUGUUUCUUCUUCUUCUUCUUCUUCUUCUUCUUCUUCUUCUUCUUCUUCUUCUUCUUCUUCUUCACGCUAUAA